AUGACGGAGAUAGAGAAUUAUAAUAAUGGAGGAAUCCGUUGGGAUCCUGGACAAGUUGAUGAUGAUUUUGAUGCAGGAAACAAUUCCUCCAGACUUUUUGAACGGUCCAGAAUUAAAGCUUUAGCAGAUGAAAGAGAAAACGUACAGAAAAAGACAUUUCAGAAAUGGGUCAAUUCACAUUUAGUCCGAGUUGGCUGCAAAAUAUCAGAUUUAUAUGUGGAUUUACGAGAUGGCAAAAUGUUAAUGAAAUUACUGGAAGUUUUAUCUGGAGAAAGACUGCCACGACCAACCAAAGGAAAAAUGAGAAUUCACUGCCUAGAAAAUGUAGAUAAAGCCCUAGGAUUUUUACAUGAACAAAGAGUACAUUUAGAAAAUAUGGGCGCCCACGAUAUUGUGGAUGGAAGCUCACGACUCACUCUGGGUCUUAUUUGGACCAUCAUCUUAAGAUUCCAGAUCCAAGACAUUACUUUUGAAGAAUCAGAGAAUAGUGAAACAAAAUCAGCCAAAGAUGCUUUAUUGUUAUGGUGUCAGAUGAAGACUGCUGGCUAUCCUAAUGUUAAUGUUCGUAAUUUUACAUCCAGUUGGAGAGAUGGCUUGGCUUUCAAUGCACUUAUACACAAACACAGACCUGAUCUUAUUCAAUAUGAAAAACUACAGAAGUCCAACGCCAUACACAAUCUUAACAAUGCCUUUACUGUGGCAGAAGAUAAACUUGGACUUACUCCUUUACUUGAUGCUGAAGAUGUUAAUGUGGACUUUCCUGAUGAGAAAUCUAUUAUAACCUAUGUUGUUACAUACUACCAUUAUUUCUCUAAGAUGAAGGCUGAUUCCGUACAAGGAAAACGUAUUGGAAAGGUUAUUGAUGGUUGUAUAGAUUCAGAGAAUACAGUUCAUGAAUAUGAAAGUUUAACAUCUGAUUUAUUAGAAUGGAUUGAACAAACUAUAGUUAUAUUAAAUGAUAGACAAUAUGCCAACUCUUUAACUGGUGUACAACAACAAUUGGCAGCAUUUAAUACUUACAGAAUAGUAGAGAAACCCCCCAAGUUUGAUGAGAAGGGAAAUCUUGAAGUCCUUCUAUUUACCAUCCAGAGUCAAAUGAGGGCUAAUAAUCAACGCCCCUACCUUCCUAAAGAAGGUAAAAUGGUUUCGGACAUUAACAAGGCGUGGGAACGUCUAGAGCAUGCUGAACAUGAACGGGAACUUUCACUGAGAGAAGAACUGAUAAGACAAGAGAAAUUGGAGCAGCUAGCUGCCCGAUUUGAUAGAAAAGCCGGCAUGCGGGAGACCUGGUUAAGUGAAAACCAACGCCUUGUGUCACAAGAUAAUUUCGGAAGUGAUUUAGCUGCUGUAGAAGCUGCUACUAAGAAACAUGAAGCUAUUGAAACUGAUAUUAAUGCUUAUGAAGAACGAGUACAAGCAGUUAUUGCAGUGGCUUCAGAACUUGAACAUGAAAACUACCACGAUAUUGUCAGAAUUAACGCAAGAAAAGACAAUGUAUUACGCCUAUGGAACUAUCUACUAGAGUUAUUAAGAGCUAGAAGAAUGAGACUAGAGUUCACACUCAGUUUACAGAAAGUAUUCCAAGAAAUGUUAUACAUACUUGAUUGGAUGGGUGAAAUUAAAUCACGUCUGUUAUCAGAAGAUUAUGGUAAACAUCUAAUGGGUGUAGAAGAUUUGUUACAAAUCCAUAGUUUAUUAGAAGCUGAUGUACAUGUAGUAGGUGAACGAGUUAAAACAGUUAAUGGUAUGGCUGAAAGAUAUGUUAAUGAUGAUAUACCAGAACUAUCAGGCUAUCAUCCAUGUGAUCCUGAAAUGGUGAGAGAUCGUAUGUCAACUCUUCAAUCAGCUUAUGAAGAACUAGAACAGCUGGCUAAAGAUAGAAGAGAGAGACUUGAAGAAUCACGUAAAUUAUGGCAAUUCUAUUGGGAUAUGGCUGAUGAAGAAGGCUGGAUUAAAGAAAAAGAACAGCUCAUGUCAUCUCCAGAAUUGGGUCAUGAUCUCACAAGUGUUAGCCUAUUACUUUCCAAACAUAAGGCUAUUGAAGAUGAAAUGACUGCACGCCAUUCCCAUUUGAAGUCCGUAACCCAGGUUGGUGAUGAUCUCAUUGGAGCUGAUAAUUUCGGAGCUGACAAGAUAAAGCAAAGAAUCGAUGAGAUUGACCAACAAUGGGAAAGUUUAAUAGAUUUGGCGGCUUACCGCAAAAAACGCCUCUUAGAGGCUGUCGAUUUCUAUCAAUUUUUCGCAGACGCAGAUGAUGUUGAUACAUGGAUGUUAGAUAUAUUACGUAUGGUAUCUAGUGAAGAUGUCGGUAAAGAUGAAGCUAGUGUACAAUCACUUCUUAAAAAACAUAAGGAAGUUACAGAAGAAUUGAAGAGCUAUCACACAUCCAUUGAAGCAUUACAUGAACAAGCUGCUAGUCUUGGUGAACAAGACCGUGAAUCUGCUGAUGUACAGAGUAGAUUAGGUAGCAUUGACAAACGUUACCAAGAACUAUUAGAACUAGCUAAACUGCGUAAACAGAGACUUCUCGAUGCCCUUUCGUUAUAUAAAUUAGCUAACGAAGCUGAUGGUGUUGAAACAUGGAUUGACGAAAAGGAGAAAUUCCUGACAACCAUUACUAUGACUGAUGAUAUUGAAGAAUUGGCUAUAAUGAAACAUCGCUUUGAUAGCUAUGAGCACGAGAUGAAUUCGACAGCUUCUAAAGUUGCUGUUGUCAACCAAUUGGCAAGACAGUUAUUAACAGUAGAACAUCCUAAUGCUGAGGAUGUUAUUGGUAGACAAAACCAGCUCAAUCAAAGGUGGAACAACCUUCGAGAACAUGUGGACCAAAAACGUGAUGAAAUCAAUCUAUCUCAUGGACUUCAAAACUUCCAUAUUGAAUGUAAUGAAACUAUUAGCUGGAUAAAUGAGAAAGCUAAAAUCAUUGAGUCUACUGAAGAUCUUGGUAAUGAUCUAACUGGUGUCAUGACUCUUCAGAGAAGACUUAGUGGUAUGGAGAGAGAUUUAGCUGCUAUUGAAGCUAAGUUGGAAUCUCUACAGGCUGAAGCUGAUAUGCUACAAGAAGAGAAACCAGAAGAAGCAGCAGCCAUCAAAGAAAAGAUUGCAGAAAUUAACAAUGUCUGGAUGGAUCUUAAAGAAAUGUUGAAAGAAAGAGAUGAGAAACUUGGUGAAGCUAGUGAAUUACAACAUUUCCUUGGUAGUCUCGAUCAUUUCCAACAAUGGUUGUCAAGGACCCAGACCACAAUUGCUUCAGAAGACACUCCCAACAGUUUGGCUGAAGCUGAAAAGCUUCUCAAUCAACAUCAACAGAUUAAAGAUGAAAUUGAUGCUUAUGCACCAGAAUAUGCUAAAAUCAAAGCAUAUGGUGAUAAAGAAACUGAAGGACAAACUGAUCCUCAACAUAUGUUCUUGGCUCAGCGAUUACAAGCUCUUGAUGAUGGUUGGCAUGAGUUAUUACAAAUGUGGGAGAACAGACAACAACAUCUUUCACAGAGUCUUAACUACCAGAUUUUCUUACGUGAUGCUAAACAAGCUGAAGUCUUGCUGAAUCAACAAGAAAACUUCUUAUCCAAAGAAGAUGUUCCUAAUUCAGUACAAUCAGCUGAAAAUCUGAUCAAACGCCAUGAUGCCUUUGCUACUACUAUGGAUGCUAAUGAUGAGAAGAUCAAUGCUGUGUGUCAUUUCGCUGACCGCCUUAUUGAAGACAAUCAUUUUGCUGCUGAGAAGAUCCAGAAGAAGGCUGAGAACAUCAAUGAAAGAAGAGACUCUAAUAGACAGAGAUCUGAGGAACAACUGGCUAAACUUAAAGAACAGUUACAGAUGCAACAGUUUAUACAAGAAUGGGAUGAGCUCAAUGAUUGGCUGAAUGAUAAAAUGGCUGCAGCUCAAGAUGAAACUUACAGAGAUGCUAAGAAUCUUCAUAGUAAAUACAUGAGACAUCAAGCAUUUGAAUCAGAAAUUGCUGCCAAUAAAGAAAGAUUAGAAGCCAUCAAGAAGGAAGGAGAAGAGUUAAUGAGAAAUAAACCAGAAAUGAAAGAACAGAUUGGACCAAUGUUAGAAAAUAUAGAUAGUCAAUGGGAUAACUUAGAACAAACUACUAAGAGUAAAGGAGAGAAAUUGUUUGAUGCCAAUAGAUCAGUAUUGUACACUCAGAGUUGUGAUGAUGUUGAUGGAUGGAUCAAUGCUAUUGAAUCUCAAGUUAUUACAUCAGAAGAUUUUGGUAAAGAUUUGACAACUGUUAAUCUACUGGUACAGAAACAAAAUAUGAUGGAAAAUGAAAUGAAGAUGAAAGAACAACAAGUACAAGAAUUAGAAUCACAAGCUGUCCAUCUUAAACGUCUAGAACCAGAUAGAGAGGCAGAAAUAGAGGCUAGAAAGGCUCUAGUUGCCGAAAGAUUUGCCAAAAUACAGAGACCAUUAAUCCAAAGAAGAGAUCAACUAGAGAAAGUGAAGAGAAUACAUCAAUUUACAAGAGAUAUAGAAGAUGAGAAAUUAUGGAUUGAAGAAAAGAAACCAUUGGCUAAUUCUACUGACUAUGGUAAUAGUUUACUUAGUGUACAACUGCUGAUUAAGAAAAAUCAAUCUCUUCAACGUGAAAUAGAAAAUCAUGAACCUCGUAUAACAUCUAUAUGCGAUGUCGGCCAAGAACUUAUUGAUGAAGGUCACCCACAAUCAGAAGAAUUCUCUAGUCUUAUGGCUGAUUUAAUGGAAAGAUGGCAAGAAUUAAAAGAUUCUGUUGAAGCUAGAAGAGACAGAUUGGUCCUUUCUGAAACUGCACAACAGUACUACUUCGAUGCUAAUGAAGCUGAAGCCUGGAUGAGUGAACAAGAACUAUAUAUGAUGGGUGAAGAUAGAGCUAAAGAUGAGAUAGGAUCAGAGAAUAUGAUGAAGAAACACCAGAUAUUAGAGAAUGCUGUGGAGGAUUAUGCUGAUGUUGUUCGACAACUUGGUGAAAGAAGUAGAAACUUAUUAGAAACAGACCAUCCUGAAUGUGAUCAGAUAGCAGUACGUCAAUCACAAGUUGAUAAGCUAUACGCUGGAUUAAAAGAUUUAGCCAAUGAAAGACGUGGUAAAUUAGCUGAAGUAUUAAAAUUAUAUACCUUACAUCGUGAAAUAGAAGGUCUAUUACAAUGGAUAAGUGAAAAAUCUAUACAUGCUAAUUCCAAUGAUCCUGGAGUGGACUUCGAACAUGUUACAUUACUUAAAGAACGAUUCCGAGAGUUUGCUAGAGAAACUGAAAUUAUUGGACAAGAGAAAAUAUCAGUUAAUAAUGAAGUAUGUGAUAAUUUGAUGGCUGCUGAUCAUUCGGAUUCAGCCACCAUAGCAGAAUAUAAAGAUCAAGUGAAUGAAGCAUGGACUGAUUUAUUAGAAUUAAUAGAUACUAGAACACAGAUGUUACAGGCUUCCUGGGAAUUACACAAAUACUGUUCAGAUUGUAAAGAUACUUUGGAAAAUAUUCUGGAAAAACAACAUCAAAUACCAGAAGAAUUAGGCCGUGAUGCUCAAUCUGUAGCAGCAUUACAAAGAAAACAUGCUAACUUUGAAAAUGAUUUAGUUACAUUAGGUCACCAAGUUGAAGCAAUUCAAACUGAAUCCUACCGACUCCAAUCAGCAUAUGCUGGUGAUAGAGCUAGAGAUAUACAAUUUAGAGAAGCUGAGGUUGUGGAAGCAUGGAAAAAUCUCCAUAUAACAGUUGAUAGACGUAGAACACAACUAGCUGAUUCUAGUGAUUUAUAUAAAUUCUUCCUCAUGGCCCAUGAUUUAAGAUUAUGGAUGGAUGAUAUACAGAGACAGAUGAAUACUCAAGAAAAACCAAGAGAUGUAUCUGGUGUUGAAUUAUUAAUGAACAACCAUCAGAGUUUGAAAGCAGAAAUUGAUGCACGAGAAGAGAAUUUUGCUAUCUGUAUUAAUCUAGGAAGAGAUUUAUUGUCCAGAAAUCACUACAGAUCAGAUGAGGUUAGAGAAAAAUUAAUCCAACUAACUCUACAAAGGUUAGAUAUGACUGACCAAUGGACAGAUAGAUGGGAACAUUUACAACUUAUAUUAGAAGUCUAUCAAUUUGCUAGAGAUGCUUCAGUAGCUGAGACUUGGUUGAUGGCUCAAGAUCCUUAUCUAAACAACCAAGAUUUAGGAGAAACAUUAGAUGAAGUAGAGAUCCUCAUCAAGAAACAUGAGGCAUUUGAAAAAUCUGCAGCUACGCAAGAAGAAAGAUUUGCUGCUUUAGAGAAAUUAACAACAUUUGAAUUAAAAGACCAACAGAAGAGACAAGAAGAAGAAUAUAAUAGAGCUCAUCCAGAAGAAAUGGACAGGGAUGUGUCAACACCAAAAUCAGCUACAAAACCUGCACGAAGACAGUUGUCACCUACAUCACCAGAUUCACCCAUAUCUCGUAAAUCACCAGAUUCACCCAAAUCUGGUGAUGUACCAAGAGAAGAAGGAAUGUUAGUUAGAAAACAUGAAUGGGAAUCAAGUGAUAAGAAAGCUGGAAAUAGAUCAUGGGAUAAAGUAUAUAGUGUAUUAUCUGGUACACAAUUAUCAUGUUAUAAAGAUCAGAAACAUGCUAAAUCAGAUCCUAAGAAUCGUAUCCAUCAUGAACCAGCUAUAGAAUUAGAGGGGGCAUCAUGUUAUGUUGCUACUGAUUAUACUAAACGCCCAUCAGUAUUCAGAUUAAAAUUAGUCAAUGGUGGAGAAUAUCUCUUCCAAGCUAAAGAUGAUACUGAACGUGAUACAUGGAUUUUACGUAUAAAUGGAUCAACAGGUAGUGAAGGAGCUGCAAGUAUGCCCUCACGAGCACAAACACUGCCAGCCCGUACAGACGAGUCUAAGAAAGAGGAACACAAAAAACGUAGCUUUUUUACAUUAAAGAAGAAAUAG